GUAACUCCUGGACGAGACCGGAGCGACCCGCGCAGCGAGCACAGGCGGCAAGGCUGCGCCAGGCGCCCGAGACCCGAGGCUGCGGGGGGCGGGGGCUGUGCCCGAGCCGGAUCCCCCGCUCUGGCUCCGAGUGGUCUCGGAGAAAGGGUCGUUGUCCAGCACAGAUGCGUUGGUCAGAGGGAGCACUGGAGGUUCUGGUCAAGGCGUAAAGCCUGGGGCUUCCAAUGAUACUCCGGGCAGCGAUGGAAGCCUAGAUGCCUCACCGCAAGGAGCGGCCGAGGGGGUCCUCGCUUCACGCCCAAGGCAGCACCGGCACUGAGGAGGGAGGAAGUAUGUCCCGGUUGUCUCUUACCCGGUCACCCGUGUCUCCCCUGGCUGCCCAGGGGAUCCCACUGCCAGCCCAGCUCACCAAGUCCAAUGCACCUGUGCACAUCGACGUGGGCGGCCACAUGUAUACCAGCAGCCUGGCCACACUCACCAAGUACCCCGACUCCAGAAUAAGCCGCCUCUUCAAUGGCACCGAGCCCAUUGUCCUGGACAGUUUGAAGCAACACUAUUUCAUUGACCGGGAUGGGGAGAUUUUCCGCUAUGUCCUGAGCUUCCUGCGGACGUCCAAGCUGCUGCUCCCAGAUGACUUCAAGGACUUCAGCCUGCUGUACGAGGAGGCGCGCUAUUACCAGCUGCAGCCCAUGGUGCGCGAGCUGGAGCGCUGGCAGCAGGAGCAGGAGCAGCGGCGCCGCAGCAGGGCCUGUGACUGCCUGGUGGUGCGGGUCACGCCGGACCUGGGCGAGCGGAUCGCGCUCAGCGGCGAGAAGGCCCUCAUUGAGGAGGUCUUCCCGGAGACCGGGGACGUCAUGUGCAACUCCGUCAACGCUGGCUGGAACCAGGAUCCCACGCACGUCAUCCGCUUCCCGCUCAACGGCUACUGCCGGCUCAACUCGGUGCAGGUCCUGGAGAGGCUGUUCCAGAGGGGUUUCAGCGUGGCUGCGUCCUGCGGGGGUGGUGUGGACUCCUCCCAGUUCAGCGAGUAUGUGCUUUGCCGGGAGGAGCGUCGGCCGCAGCCCACCCCCACCACUGUCCGGAUAAAGCAGGAGCCCCUGGACUAGGCCCUGCCUCAGUGCCCUCCCGAAGCCCCUUGGCCCUGGGGACAGCCCAGGGACCUGGAGACAGUGCUGGGGAGUUCUGCCGGGAUCUGCUUAUCAGUCUUCAUGAGACUGAUAGUAGGGCUGGAGGGUCCGAGUCCAGCCCAGGGAGCCCCAGGGCCCCAGGUGUCAUGCAACAGAAUGUGGGGUACUGGAGGCAUGCUUACUGAAGGAUUGUUGAUGUGACCCAAAAAUGCCUCAGUGGGAACUCUGCCACUGUUUCCCGGGGCCCCUUGGCUCCCCAGCCUGGCGCAGCGACCUCCAGGGCCCCGGGGCCUGCCGUGGCGGAGUCAGCACUGGCCUCCCCGGCCCACUGCAGAGGAGCCGAUCGUCCUUCUCCACGCGUGGCAGACUCCAGUGGGUCUCCUUGCAUCAGAGGUGGCUUAUUUUUCUACAGUAUUUAAAACAGAAGUAACUGCACAAGCCAGAGAGGCCGACAAGGACCAACACUUCUUUAUCAGGUGCUGCAUUCAGUCAGACGUGCGGCAUGCCCCCACCUGGUGGGGAAGCUGCCGGGCACGCCCGCCCAAGUGCCCACCGAGUGGGGCUUGGAGGGCUCUGGCCCCUGCUCUAGGGAUGUGCAGGGAGGGUGGUGCUGUUAGAGCUGAAGCAGGUCCCCCAGGGAGCAGGGCUGCUGGCAGGAGGGUGGUUUGGGUGUGGGGGACAUAUGGCUGUGGGACCACUUGGGGUGCGGGCCACACUUGGUGGAUCACUUGACCUGCUAAUGGCCAGGAGCUUCCAGUCCGAUUUGUGUGUCCUCACACCUCGGCUCCCAGAGAAGUCUCUCCCCAUCCAGACCAGCCACAGGGCCACAUCCUUACCUCAGGAAUGGGUCCCACGGUGAAGGGGCCCCACCUGGCAGUAGCAUCCUCCGGGUCCCCCCCUCAGGAAGCCGUCCCCCGCUCUGAUGUUCCCACACUCACAUGCACACUGAAUUUUCAUGAAAUUUGUUAACACUCGUCUGCCGGUAAGACCAGGACAUAGGCCUACCUGGGGCUCUUGCCCCAGAUUCCAACAAGGACUGGCCCCGAGGGGUCCUCGUAGACCUGCUGCCUCUUAGACGACAGGCCCAAAGAUGGACACCCCAGCCUUGUCGCCCUUGACCGAGCGGCUCUUCCCAGGUGGAGAAACCACAGACAACUGCUCAGUGGGUGGGGUGCCCAGCUGGCACCACCCUGCAUACGAUGCCUGUAGACUUGUAUAUGACUCUAAUAUUGUAAAGAUGCUGAUGUACAAUUGUCGUGUUUGUGUAAACACAUUACGUUCCUAGUUCCUGCCAUAAAUGAUGCUGUAAAAGCAAAAGA